UCGCUCGAUGAUGUUUUGUAUGUGGAAUAUUUUAACACGGACGUUAUUUGAAUGAGUCUUCAUUAUCAGCUCUUGAAGAAUGUGCAGUGAAAGUCGGACACGAAAUUCGGAAGGACGUCUCAUCUCUACAGAAUGUCAGGAAUUUGCACCGAAAGAUUAUCUCUAAAUGUCAGCCCCCCUCGCCCGCUGGGAGGACAGCUGGUGCGGUGAUAACAUUGGAGUCGGGGUUGCCCUUGACUUGGGGAGGAGUUAGGAGGAGGAGGGGAGGACGAUCAUGCAACCUACUGAAAGAAGUGACAUUAUUGUGGCUGUGUGAUCCGCAUCGGCAGGGCUGUCAGGGAUGCUCUGCGAAUUAAUCUCAUCCGUGCUCCCGGCCGCGGAGCAGCAGCGUCCUGCUGAGACAAGCAUCUGCAGAGAGCCCUGGCCCCGGAGCUCCGCUGGCCGAGCCGAGGAGGCCUGAGCGGUCUCCCCCUCCGGAUUAUGGUGGAUGGUGGCAGAAGGCAAGUGUGCAUGAAAAGAUAAACAAUCCCAGAGGCCGUUCUACAGCACAGAUAAAAAUUGAGGCUAAAGGUGACUGAAAAGAAUGGCUGAUCACGAGGAAGCGGAGUUGUCCGAGUCCCUUCAGAAGGAGGAUGAGUUUUCCAGCGAGGUGGAGGAUCCAGGUCCGAACUUCAAAUCUAAAAGUUUGCCCAUUUUAAGUGAAGCUGCGCCUCAGGAGAAAACCUUACUGGCGAGCUCAGUGCGGAUGUCCAUAACAGCGGAGGAGAGUGCAGAGUUCAUCCAGCUCCCACCCAAGACCGAGUCCUUCCAGGCCGAGUCCCCGACAAGAACGAGCUACCCACCAAAGCCGGGAAAGUCCGUGCUGAACAGGCCGAGCUCAUACAUGGAGAACACGGAGAUCCGAAGGAGUAAACAUAUGGCGAGGAGGAAGCCCCCGGGGUUCUUUGCAUCCAGACUAGCUCAGAUUCGUAUGCCCAGUCGGAAGCACGUGGGCGUCAUCUUGCAGGACUCUCGCUGCUUCCUGUUCUGCAUGUGCUACCUGACAUUCAUCCAGUCGCUCAUGGUGUCAGGCUACCUCAGCAGCGUCAUCACCACCAUAGAGAAGAGGUACAGCCUGAGGAGCUCCGAGUCGGGCCUGCUCGUCAGCUGUUUCGACAUCGGGAGCCUCCUGGUGGUCGUCUUCAUCAGCUACUUUGGUGGGCGGGGCCAGAGGCCUCGCUGGCUGGCGGUAGGAGGGAUUCUCAUCGCUGUGGGCGCUGCCCUGUUCUCCUUACCUCACUUCAUCUCCCCGCCCUACCAGAUCCAGGAGGUCAACUCUUCUUCGGCCAACGAGGGCCUGUGUAUGAACAGCAACGCCAGCAACAGGGACCGCGUUGAUAUCACUUCCUGUCCCAGAGACCAGGAGGGCAACGAGCACAACCUGUAUGUGGCGCUGUUCAUCAUCGCUCAGAUCCUGGUGGGCAUGGGGUCCACACCCAUCUACACGCUGGGGCCAACCUACCUGGACGACAAUGUGAAGAAGGAGAACGCCUCGCUGUAUCUAGCCAUCAUGUAUGUGAUGGGAGCGCUGGGCCCGGCGGCUGGUUACCUGCUGGGAGGAGUCCUCAUUGGCUUUUAUGUGGACCCCAAGACUGUUGUCAACAUUGACCAGAGUGAUCCCCGAUUCAUUGGAAACUGGUGGAGCGGGUUCCUGCUGUGCGCCGUGGCCAUGCUGCUAGUCAUCUUCCCCAUGUUCACCUUCCCCAAGAAGCUGCCUCCCCGACACAAGAAGAAGAAGAGGAGGAAAAAACUGAGUUUGGACGACCUGUCCAGCGAUGACGACGUCCUCAAGGAGAAGAGCAACAACAACAAGACCCAGACGGUCACUUCGUCCAUGGGCUUCGGCAAGGACAUCAAAGACCUACCCAAAGCUGCAGUGAGGAUCCUCAGCAACGUGACCUUCCUGUUCGUCAGCCUCUCCUACACGGCUGAAAGCGCCAUCGUAACUGCUUUCAUCACUUUCAUCCCUAAAUUCAUCGAGUCUCAGUUUGGGAUCCCGGCCUCCAAUGCUAGCAUCUACACCGGUGUGAUUAUUGUGCCAAGUGCCGGCGUGGGGAUCGUCCUGGGCGGCUACAUCAUUAAGAAGCUGAAGCUGGGCGCUCGCGAGUCGGCCAAGCUGGCCAUGAUCUGCAGCGGUGUGUCCCUGCUCUGCUUCUCCACGCUGUUCAUCGUAGGCUGCGAGAGCAUCAACCUGGGAGGAAUCAACAUCCCCUACACAACCGGACCCACACUCACGAUGACCCAGAGAAACCUGACCGGAGGCUGUAAUGUGAACUGCGGCUGUAAAAUCCACGAGUACGCUCCGGUCUGCGGCUCUGAUGGCAUCACAUACUUUAACCCCUGCCUAGCUGGCUGUAGCAGCGUGGCCAACGACAGCACCGGGAUCCGUAACUACUCCGACUGCGCCUGCGUUCAGAGCCGGCAGGUCAUCACGCCGUCGACCGGCAGUCAGGGCAGCAACCAGCUGCAGCUUGUCAUCGUCAAGACCUACCUGAAUGAGAACGGCUACGCUGUGUCGGGGAAGUGCGACCGCACCUGCAGCACGCUCAUCCCCUUCCUCAUCUUCCUCUUCAUCGUCACGCUCAUCACUGCCUGCGCCCAGCCCUCCGCCAUCAUUGUCACUCUCAGGUCUGUAGCGGAGCAGGAACGGCCGUUUGCUCUGGGAAUGCAGUUUGUUCUCCUCAGGACUCUCGCCUACAUCCCGACUCCCAUUUACUUUGGCGCUGUCAUCGACACCACCUGCAUGUUGUGGCAGCAGGACUGUGGCGUCCAUGGCUCAUGCUGGGAGUAUGACGUCACCUCUCUGCGCUUCGUCUACUUCGGCCUCGCUGCCAGCCUCAAGUUCCUUGGCUUCCUGUUCAUCUUCCUCACCUGGUACUCCAUUAAGUAUAAAGAGGAGCGGGUGGAGCGCUGGCUCAAGCGCCACCUGUCGCCUGUCGACACCGUGGGCAGCCUCGUCUGCCAUCCCGGUGGCCACAAGGGCCACGCCCGCACCCGCUCCUGUCCCGUCAACAUCCCCAGAAGCGACCCCAACGCGCUGCCCGCUAAUGCUCCACCCCGCGCCGGCACCCUGAACCGUGGCGUCAGCACCCAGAGUUGCCCUGGCCAGGAGCUGAAAGCAAUAACUCCCCCUCCUCCUCCAGCGGCUGCACCUUCACCUGCAGUGGCGCCUGCCCCCACACCGGCCCGAUCACUGGAACAAGUCUCAGUCCGAGCCUGAGCUCCAGAAAGGGGGCGGGCGAUGAGGCAGGUCUUUCCCACUGACUUCUCAUUUAUUCUGAAAGCCAGUCAGCUGGACUUUUAGCCGCUGUCACAAGCAGCAGUCGUGAUGUGGAGGCCCUGCUCACAUCUCAAAUCUCCGAUUGGUGAAAUACUUUGUCCGCACCACUGAACUACGUGGGCCGGGAACCUUCAGGUUGGAGGUCCUGAUUUGUUCAGACUGGGUUGAAACAUCUGCUCGGUUCGUGGAAAUGCGGACGGAAGCUACGUUUCUCUGCUUCGAGAUGGAAGAAAGUUCAUCGCUCAUAAACCCCACCUCCACCCCUCCACCCUUACCUUGGCAAAUGUGCCUUCUGUCACCACGGUCCUCACAUGUAUAGUACAAAACACGCUGACAGACAGACAGACUGUGGUCAUCUGAAGAGAUACCUCAGCUUCGCCGACCCUCCCAGCUCACCCCCACCUUACGCCUGCGUCCGUCGUCUUUGUUUUUCUUUCAAGCCAUUUUUGUUCUUCAUAUCGGCGCGUUCACUAUGAAGAAAGAAACAAAAAAAAUCUUUCAAAAUGUGAUACACUACCGUUAAAGUGUUAAGAACUGGAAACCGAUG